GCGCGCGCCACGCGGCAUUCGCUGCAUAUCUUCAGCCAUAUUCUAGUCCUGACUAUUGAUAAUCUGUUGUCACCUACGGAUUUUCAGACUACAAGAGCACUGUUCGUUUGUACCGAACACAUUUUCGGAGACAGUCACAGGCGGAUGCAUCUUCGUACACUGGGUGAGCCCACCAGAGCCCAUGCGCAACCUGCGUUCAGCCUCCCCCCGCCUGGAGACCGUCGAGGAGCCCGACUCGCAAGAGCAGGACUUGUCGGCGAUCAUCGGCAAGACGGGGCCCUUCCAUCGGAUCAUGCUGCUGUACGCCACAUUCGCCAUGGUGGUCUUCUCUCUGCACUUGCUGCUGCACAUGAUCGUCCAUCCUGGCAGCGUGGACCACUGGUGCCAGCUGCCGGAGACGCCUCCGAACACGACGCUCGAGGAAUGGAGAAGGUUGAACAUCCCCGAGGAGCCCGACGGCUCCCUCGGCCGUUGUCUCGUGUACAAGGAGGUCAGUGGUGAGCCCGAUAACCAAACGCGCCAAACCGACACCUGUGUCAGCAGGUUCUUCAACGUCUCCGUCGACACGAUGUCGAUCGUGCAGCAGUGGGACCUCGUCUGUGACAGGGAAUGGCUCUACUCGGCGGUGAGCACAACCUUCUAUUCGGGAUCGCUACUUGGGCUCGCCUUAUCGGGCCUAUUAGCCGACAGGGUAGGCAGGAAACCCGUGGUCUGCUUCGCGGUCGUGCUUCUGGAGGUGGCGGGCGUGUCUCUCUACAGCGUCGAGAGCUUCGUCCUCUUCAACGCACUCCGGUUCCUGGUGGCCGCUUCUGUUUCCGCGCUCUCCUACACUAACUACGUGUUGCUGGUUGAGUUCGUCGCGCUGGAACACCGAGCCCUGUACGGAACCUUCACUUAUUGCGGCUUCAGCGUCGGCGUCCUUCUUGGCAACGUGAUCGCGUACCUGAUCCGGGACUGGCGAACUGUGCAACUGGUCAUCAUGAUUCCAACCACUUUGCUGUUCGUCGGCUUCUGGCUUCUGCCCGAAUCUCCCCGUUGGCUCAUUACGACACUGCGGAUCCAGCAAGCGUGCGGGGCGGUGUCUCUCAUCCUGCGCAAGAACCGGAUGCCUGCCAAAUCCAUCCGCAGCGUUAUCAAGCGCCUCAGGAGCCGUCCAAUCAGCAUGCUUCACCAGAAGGGUGGCGCGUCUUCUCCCGGGUCUGCUGGAAGGCUAUCGCCUCGUCGAAAGGCAGGGGCAGUGAAGUUCGAGCGCCCGGAUAAGUCUAUAUGGGAACUCUUGGUUAUUUUCGUCACCCAGUACCAACUUUCUAACACGGCGUUGUGCCUCUCCUGGUUCUCGUGCUCAGUCACGUACUACGGUAUCGCCUACGACGUGAGCGCCCAGUCGGCGAGCAACGUCUCCCAAUUCGUGGUCGCCGCGGUGGCGCCACUCGCGGCCUACGUCUUGAUCAGUCGCCGAGGCCGGCGGGACGUUCUCGCUGGGUCGCUAAUUUUCACCAGCGUGUGCUGCAUCGUCAUUGCCAUCCUCCCGAGAGAUCGCAUAGACCGGUUCCUAGCCAUUUUGAUUGCGUGGUUCCUUAUCAACGUGGCAUUCACCGUGAUGUUCCUGUACGCAACCGAAAUCUACCCCACGACCAUCAGAGCACUGGGCUUCAACUUUGGAGCGGCCUUCGGUCGACUGGGUUUCAUAAUAGCACCUAUCUUCUACGGCACUACCAUGAUGAACGUGUACGGAUCCCGGAUGGUGGGCUACUCCGUCCUGUCCCUGAGCUGUGUUGUGUCCGGGUUCCUGGCGACCAAGCUUCCUGAAACUAAGGAGACUCACCUUCCAGAUAAGAUCAAGCCCGAGCACAGCAUAUUCGAUUUCAGCCCCAUGUGGUUACCUGGCAGCCGACGUCCCAAGGACACCCACGAAGACGCCAAUGCCGAUACAAUAGUUGGCAGUGGCAUGCACAUGACAGCGGUGCUUCAAUUCGCUAACGUGUUCGGCGGAAUCACGAAAUGUGGCGUGGGCGGUAGCAGGCGUUCCGGAUUUGAAAAGCCGGCAACUUCGAGCGCUGUGCAGGAGCAGCCAUCAUCGUCUUCGAGUACGAAGCAGAGUUUGGUGGCAGAGAAUGCGAAAUCACAGGACAAUUCAGCAGUGUCCGGUGCACCAACAAUGCACGAUGCCAUCCCCCCACAGAAGCCACCCGCGCCAGAGCUGUCAGAACCGACGUCGAAGGAAGGCGGCAGACCCACCACGCAUGAGGAGGUGGAGGCUUUCGGGAGUUCCGGGGAGCUGUUGUUGUCGUCUCUGAAUGAUGUCGUUCAUACGGCAUCGGAGCCCGUGCUAGCCGCGACGACGCAAGCAUCGGUGAUUAAAGAGCCGCUGGACAAUGCUCCUGCGCUUCUCCAUGGGCCGCCAGCGAUCGUCGACGAUAUUGAGAAGCCAGGUGGAAGGACUGGAGAACGGGAUUCACACGAACCGGGAAGUAAAUCUGCAGGCCCCUGUACUACCGGCCAGCGUUCAGCUCGUCUUAGGCCGCAUAGCUCGACCGAGGCUGCUCCUUCCUCCACAGGAACCACCGUUGGUCCGGCCGAGUCUGCUGCUAUUCAUGCGCCUGACUCGACGGCGCUAGUUCCCGAGCCAGGCGCAAGAAAUUUACCGCCUUCAUCCGACGGCAACGCAAUUGAUCGAGAUAUCGCGGAGGCAGCGAGUCACAGCAGCUCGCCUGGUAGCCACGGGACGCCGACUAAGCCGGACAGUGGAGUGACAAGUGGCGUUGAGUCACCGGCGUCUCGCGCCGACAUGAGCGCUUUUGGUGCACGCACUGCGACUCCUUCGAAGGUGUCGGUGAACACCCUCGGCACGAUUUACAGGCAGGGUCCUCCGUCGGCCGUGCGCUCUAGUCUGUGCUCGGACGCUGAAACUCCGUCCCACUUAACCGAGGAAACGCACACCAAUGACGCCAGCUCCGAACGGAAGAGAAAGAAGCACCUCAGACGAAAACGUUAACCGGAUCUUGAGGCCAAAUCGAUAGAACCAAGUGCUGCACUGUAUAGACUUGAGCUGAUAAGAUAAACUUGGAUGACGUUUGCUCCGAAGCAGAGCAUACUGGCUUGCUUACGCGCAAAUAUCUUAUACCGUUUUAGCUGGAUUUUAGCCCACACUGCUGUUAAGGGGCUAUUACUGGAAUGCCAUUUACGACAUUCUCACGAAGCAUAUUCCGCAAUUUCGUUAUUCACAGCAGCCGACAGACUUUCUUGCAUGCAUUUCAAGUUGAAAGAAAAUGCACCUGUGCGUAUGAGGCCUUAGCCUAGUAGUAAGCAUCAAUAACUUCAGGGUUGCGUAAAGGGUUAUAACUAUUUUUGUAGCCUGUUGUAGAUCUUUAACUCAGUAUUGAACUCGUUGUGGUUGCCCUGUUUAUCAAAACUUUCAAGGUGAUGUGAUUGUAAGCGCUAAUGAAAGUGCCAACGGCACCACAUACAUGCCGUGCUUGGUUUGUGAAAAAUAUAUUGCUUAUGUGACCUGAUGUGACCAUCGAACCCUGGG